GAGUGGAUAAUGUGAGAAGGGAAAGAAUACUCUGAAAUAGCGUGGAGCAAAAACCCCUUUUUCUUUCAACUCACAACCUUAUCGAGUGAAGAAGAUUGUGUAGUAGCGAAACGAAAAUGGCGUCGAUUGCAGCUUCUUCUACUUUUCACUCGUUUUCGACAGCCAAAAGCCCUAAUCUUUCUUCGACCCAUCUUCUUCCUCUAUCGAAAAACGUCAGCUUUCGAACCAGGCCCGUCGUUUAUAGCCGAAUUUGCAAUUUCUCGGGGUUUACGAAACAGAAUCGCCUUGGGUUUAGGAAGCUUUCGUCGGUUGGAGAAGGAGGAGAAGGUGUUGCUCUUGCAGAUGAAGAGCAACAACAACAACAAGAGACUGUCUCUGUGCCUGUCUCUCCUUCAGACAUGCUCACCAUGUUUUUUCAGGCUGAUGGAACUUUGAACGAAGGAGCUAUUCCUAAUGUAACAAAGGCCUUACAGGAUAUCGAUGGAGUUUCCAAUUUAAAGGUUCGGGUUUCUGAAGGUGUUGCCGUCGUUGAGCUUUCAAAGCAAACAACGGUUCAAGCAACAGGAGUGGCGUCAAGCUUGGUGGAGACUAUACAAGGAGCUGGAUUUAAGUUACAGACUUUGAAUCUAAGCUUCGAAGAUGAAGAUGAGGUUCUGGUCUAGUUAAAUAGUCCUUCUCCUCCGUUUUGUCAUUAUGGAAACACAUUGCAUUAUGCUCAGUUUUAAUGAUAUUUUCUUUCAUUUGUUCCUUGCAAGAAGACAAUGUGGUAGAUAACCAAAAAAAAAAACGGAAAUUAAUGUUAAAGAAACACAAAAA